AGUGCGGCCACCCACCGCUCUCCCGAUAGGCUUCGCGCGGGCGCGCAUGUUUAAGUGGACGGAAGUGCCGGUGCGCAAGGUAGCUCAGCAGGCGGAAGUGGUUCGUACGCCGGUAGCCGCCAUGCCGGGAGACCACCGCCGCAUCCGCGGGCCGGAGGAGUCCCAGCCGCCGCAGCUGUAUGCGGCCGACGAAGACGAGACGCCUGCUGCCCGCGACCCGACGCGGCUACGGCCGGUGUACGCGCGCGCCGGGCUGCUGAGCCAGGCCAAGGGCUCGGCCUACCUGGAGGCGGGAGGCACCAAGGUGCUGUGCGCCGUGUCGGGACCGCGGCAGGCCGAGGGCGGCGAGCGCGGCGGCGGCCCUGCGGGAGCGGGCGGCGAGGCCCCGGCCGCGCUCCGGGGCCGCUUGCUCUGUGACUUCCGCCGCGCGCCCUUCGCCGGUCGCCGGCGUCGCGCGCCCCAGGGCGGCGGCGAGGAGCGCGAGCUGGGUCUGGCGCUGCAGGAGGCUCUGGAGCCCGCGGUGCGCCUGGGGCGCUACCCUCGCGCCCAACUCGAGGUGUCGGCGCUGCUGCUGGAGGACGGCGGCUCUGCGCUGGCCGCGGCGCUCACGGCCGCCGCGCUCGCCCUGGCCGACGCGGGAGUGGAGAUGUAUGAUCUGGUAGUGGGCUGCGGCCUGAGCCUCGCCCCGGGACCCCCGCCCACCUGGCUGCUGGACCCCACGCGGCUCGAGGAGGAGCACUCUGCAGCCGGCCUCACGGUGGCGCUCAUGCCGGUGCUCAAUCAGGUGGCCGGGUUGCUGGGCAGCGGGGAAGGCGGCCAGACGGAGAGUUGGACGGAUGCGGUGCGCCUGGGCCUGGAAGGCUGCCAGCGCCUCUACCCAGUGCUGCAGCAGUGCUUGGUGCGGGCUGCCCGCCGGAGGGGCGCCGCCGCCCCGUCCUGAUCGGAAAACCUGAGCAAUCACGAUGCGGAAGACUACUGUCGUCCUUCUCUCCCAGUAGGACCGGAGCUCUUGCUCGCCUGGCUUAGCUGAGCCGAGAAACGAGAGUGGGAGGUAGCGCGCACAGAACCAGAGCACUGGACAGCUGUGUUGGGACGAUUUAAAGGGCCUUUGCAGCCACCAUCCAGGUGGAAAAUUUUGAAAGCCUUACUCGCAAGUUGGAAAGGACUUAAGCUGGAUU